AUGGACCCCAAUCCUUUUCUUAGUUCACCUCAGCUGAAAAUAAAGAUAAAAAAAACUAUUAAACCGCGAUGCUUUAAAGGCAUCAAAACCCUACCGACAGCAUACGAAGCCAACAAGAAAGCUUGGAUCACGUCUGAGCUCUUCACCGCAUGGCUGAAGCAGCUUGACCGCCGCUUCCAGAGACAGAAAAGAAAAGUCGCCAUGAUCGUUGACAACUGCCCCGCCCACCCCAAGGUUAAAGACUUGAAAGCCAUCACCCUGUUCUUCCUGCCGCCGAAUACCACCAGCAAGACCCAGCCUAUGGACCAGGGUAUCAUCCAGAAUUUGAAGAUCCACUACCGAAAGCUCGUCAUCAUGAAGCAGCUAAACUCCAUCAAAAGAAACAAAGAACUACAGAUAACAGUACUCGACGCAUUACGGAUGCUAUACCAGGCCUGGGACAGAGUCACAGAGAAGACCAUCAAAAACUGCUUCCGUCACGCCAACUUCGUAAGUGCCGCCACCAAUGAGCAUGCAGAUUCCCCUGACAGCGAUGAGGAAGAUCCAGAAGAUGACAUCCCCCUAGCCGCCCUCCGCCUUCGUGUGCCGUUUGAUGACUACGCCCAGAUCGACGAGACAGUGAUAACGACAGAAGCAGUCUCAGAUAAAGACAUCGUGGACAACAUCAUCGCAGCUAGACACAAAGAAGCAGAAGAAGACGAAGAAGAAGAAGUAUCAGAACCAUUGGAGCCACCAAAGAAGAAGCCUACUCUACAGAAAGUCGACGCCGCCCUCGAAGUAAUUCACGACUGGAUCGAGAUGACAGAAGACACAGAGGACCUGCUUCCCAGCUAUCAGAAGAUACAUCGACGAGUGACUUCAGCACAAGUCCGUGCAUCUGUUUUAGUACAGAGUACCCUCACCGCGCUCCUCAGUGACUGUGCCAGUGAUCGCGAUGUGAAUUAA